AUGAGGACAUAUGUGGCGAAGGUUUCUGGCAGUAAACAGGACUUAUGUGAUCGGUUCUGUUUUAAUAUUUCUAAUCCCAGAUUUCUUCGGUUUCUCCAAGCUGCACCAGGUCCAAAUGGUUCCCUUUACUUGACAGCUGUUGGGUGGGCAGAAAUGAAAAAGAAUGUUUCGUACAAGGUGGAUGUAAUUUUGGAAGGCAGUGGCGUGAUUGGUGAAGCACAGUGUGAAUGUGGUGCAGGUCAAGGCCCAGCAGCACAUUGCAAACAUGUCUGCACAUUAGUUUAUGGUACGAUCUGCUUCAUUCAAGAGGAAAAGAUAUUGACUGAAGUUACAUGCACCAAGGCUAAUUAUGGAGGAUCAAUGCCAGCCAUGCAGUUAGUCCCUCCAGCCAAUCUUCAUGGAGUUCUUGUAGAUCACGACUAUCUUGAAUACGAUGCUGCCUACCAGUUCUUAGUAGAUGAAAAGUUGAUUUCCAUAAAUGAUGAAGAUGUCAGUUUUAUUGAAUUUCAUACACGGGGACAAAAUAAAUGCAGAGAAUGGAAAAAGAGUCUGCUUUUAUCUUGUGAUUUGAAAACAAAUUCAGUGCUGCAUGGUUUAAAAUAUGAAUCAGUUGCAGUUCAUGAAUAUGAAAAACUGUGUAAAACCAAAACUACUGAAUGUGGAUUUUUUGCAAAGACAGUAGUAGUAUUAGGAACAAUUUUGAUCUUCAGAAGAAAAAAGAGAAAUUGUUAUCUGAUUUUUAUUAGAUUAAAAUAA